UUUCUAAAGAAAACCAAAACCCCCCCUCCCCUCUCUCUCUUCCUCCUCCUUUAUAUAUUUACUCCCAAAUAAAAAAAAUCUCUUCUUCUUUAUAUAAUACCAAAGGGCUCUCCUCUCUCUACUUCCUCUGUAUCAUCAUCAUCAUCAUCAUCUCUCUUCUUUCGCCCCUGUUUCUUUUGAUUUUACAGAGCCCCUGAUUGAUUUCGCUCAGAGAUAUGGGGAGAGGGAGGAUUGAGAUUAAGAAGAUUGAGAAUGUCAACAGUCGUCAAGUCACUUUCUCCAAAAGACGAAACGGCUUGAUUAAGAAGGCUAAAGAGCUUUCGAUUCUCUGUGACGCCGAGGUUGCUCUUAUCAUCUUCUCCAGCACCGGCAAGAUUUACGAUUUCUCUAGCGUCUGUAUGGAGCAAAUUCUUUCAAGAUAUGGAUACACUGCUGCGUCCACUGAGCAUAAACAAAGAGAAAAACAACUUCUACUUUGUUCUUCACAUGAAAAUGAAGCUGUGUUGCGAAAUGAUGAUUCUAUGAAGGGGGAACUUGAAAGAUUACAGCUUGCAAUUGAGAGACUGAAGGGUAAGGAGCUUGAUGGUAUGAGUUUCCCGGAUCUUAUCACUCUUGAAAACCAGCUGAACGAGAGCUUGCAUAGUGUCAAGGAUCAAAAGACAAAAUUCUUGCUCAACCAGAUUGAAAGAUCCAGGUUACAGGAGAAAAGAGCAUUGGAAGAAAACCAAAUCUUGCGCAAACAGGUGGAGUUGUUGGGUAGAAGUUCAGUACCAAAAGUGUUGAGUGAAAGACCUCAGAUUUCUAGCCCAGAAGCUGAUCGCGAGAGCUCUUCAUCAGAUGAUGAUGAGAAUGACAACGAGGAGCAUCAUUCAGACACUUCCUUGCAGUUGGGGCUAUCAUCUACGGGGUACUGUACACAAAGAAAGAAGCCGAAGAUGGAACUGGUAUGCGAUAACUCUGGGAGUCAAGUGGCUUCUGAUUGAUGGAAUUCUUCUUCUAAUACUCUGGUGUUUAGGAAUUUUAUAUAUAUCUUCUUGUUCCUGGCUUUUGCUUUUGGAUUAACUUCUGUCCCAAGUAGAGUUUGAUUUAUGCUUAGGUGAACAUUUUACCUCAAUCAAGAAGGAUUUGAUUAAUCAAUGAUAUUAGAUUUUCUUA